AUAAUUUUGUACAAAAAAGAUUAUAAAAACAAAGUGCAGAAGUUAAAAGACAUCAGAUAAAAAAUGGCAAACAUCGCCAAUGACUGUAAUGCAAUAAACUGCAAUAAAAGGAUUACCACUGUUCGCUGAACAAAAGUGUAUCUGUUAAGUGAUUAUGUGUAUCUGUUAAAUGCAGUUGAUGAGUAUCUUCGCAUCUACGUAUCUUGGUAUCUUGGUUUGUGUUGUUUCUUGUUAUCUGUUAUCGAAUGCAACAAGUUCUAGUUUCAGUUCCUUAAUGAUGCAUGAUAAAUCUGUGGUCAUAAUGAAUUGAUUUAUGUAUUUUUUAUAUAUGGGGAAGAAACUGUGCUACCACAAUCAUUAUCAUCCCCAUCAACUUCAUCAUCGUCAUUAUGAUUGCUGUCAAUUACUGUGCUUUCGAAGUGAAUGUGUAUUCAGUAAACUCAAUUUGAAUUAAGCGACGGCGGUAUCUCGCAUCGGCGAAAAACGAACUGAUUUUCAGUGAUUGUGAAUGAUGUAGUGAAGUGUGUUAAAGCGGAAUAGCCAAGAAUUAAAUUAUAUCUAAUAAUAAAAAUACUUAAUAGCGUUCAGAAGCAUAGCCAAGAUUCAAAAUUCGGAGAUUAGCUCAUUCCAAACUUUACAACUGAAAAACGAUUUAAAGUUUUAACUUUGAUCUAGAAAUCAACGAUGGUAUAUACAUUGCCACAUCAACAUUUUGCCAUAUUAACUCUAUCGAGUUGUCUACUUAUCUAACAAAUUAUGUCGAAUCGAAGUACAUAUACAACACAUAAAUAUUCUACAACGGGUAAGGCAGAGCCCCCAUUAGCAACACCCCUAAUCGAUCCACUUAGCAUACAAACGGCGCAACGUUUAGCUUGGCAAAUUUCGGAAGAUUACUAUUCAAAAGCCAACACAUCACGAAGCAGACGAAAAAGAUUUAGCCAACUUACUAUUAACGAUUUUGAGGCCCCCGCAAAUCACACAACAGUAGACGACAAUUGUUCUGCGAAUAUUAUCCAAAAUAGAAGGAAAUGCAAUCGAUUAAAACGACCUGCGUUUUCUUAUUUAAAUGCUGUAACAACAAUCUCCCGCUAUCAUCUCACAACGUUAACUGUUUAUAUAGUUUUAUUUUUUUUCAUCGGCACUUGUUCAAUUUGUACCGCAUCGCCGUGCGACUCGCAAAGUUGGUGGGAUCCAGUGAAAGAUAAGUGCAUUUCCUGCACAGUGUGUCAAGGUGAAAUGAUACCUUUACGGCCAUGCCAAUUACAUCGGGAUACUAUUUGCGGCUCUAUUUACGAUCUAAAAAUAGAUUGGGUUGUUUUAGCAAAAACAGAGCCUAAUUGGAAAGAGCGUCGAAAGUCCGAGGAGUUGGAUAUGGAGCAGCAACUAACACCGGAAGAGCUAUUGCAAUUGCACGAGGAGUCCAUUUCAUUGGAUUGGCAGACUGGAGCUCUAUUCAUAGCGGUACUAGCUUGCUUGCUAUUCUUCAUAGUAGCGGCAUGCAUAUUGAUGCAACACAUGAAGCAGUGGCGGCGCAUGGAACGACGUUUGGAUCAAGAUGUGGAAGAAUUAUCAACAAAACUUAUGGCAAAAUUAGCAGAAGUACAAAGUAUUGAGGGUGGAACGUUCUUCAUUGGCAAUGCUGACGCUUUAAGGGUUCCAACGACAUUUCAGCCACAACAUGUGUUGUUACCGGAAAAAUCGGUUAAACAACAUGAACGGCGUCUGCUGAAGACAUUGCAGCCCGGUAAUGUCUACAUCGAGGAAAAUGGUUCAAAAGGUUGA